AGCAGGGGGCCCGGCUGGGAGCCGAGCGCCGCGGCCGCGCUCCGAGUCCGCCCCCCGCGCUCCAGGGUGGGGCGCCCUCAGAGCUGAGCGCCCGGAGCGCGGCGGCGGGUCCCGCGGGGCAGGUGCGGCGCGGCGCGGCGGCUGGGCCCUCGCGCUUGGCGGGCCGAUGUGCCCGGGUGUCGGGGCCUGUGGACCUGGGCUCAGGUGAAGCUCUGGGAAAGGGCGACACGGCGGGGGCGAGAUGGCGGACGAGCCCUGCGCCCCCGGCGCCCCGGGAGGCCAGCGCGCACCCCGCCCCGAGCCGCGCCUGUCCAGCCAGCUGCUGCCCGAGCUCUACACCUUCGUGGCCCGAGUGCUGUUCUACCUGGCUCCCGUCUACCUGGCCGGCUACCUGGGGCUCAGCAUAACCUGGCUGCUGCUCGGCGCUCUGCUGUGGAUGUGGUGGCGCAGGAACCGGCGCGGGAAGCUCGGGCGCCUGGCGGCCGCCUUCCAGUUCCUGGACGACGAGCGCCAGUUCAUUAGUCGGGAGCUGCGGGGCCAGCACCUGCCGGCCUGGAUCCACUUCCCGGAUGUGGAGCGGGUCGAGUGGGCCAACAAGAUCAUCUCUCAGAUCUGGCCCUACCUGAGCAUGAUCAUGGAAAACAAGUUCCGGGAAAAGCUCGAGCCCAAGAUCCGAGAGAAGAGCAGCCACCUGAGGACCUUCACGUUCACCAAGCUCUACUUUGGACAAAAGUGCCCCAGGGUCAACGGUGUCAAGGCGCACACUAACAAGCGCAACCGAAGACAGGUGGUCCUGGACCUACAGAUUUGCUACAUCGGGGACUGCGAGAUCAGUGCGGAGCUGCAGAAGAUACAGGCUGGCGUGAACGGGAUUCAGUUGCAGGGCACGCUGCGGGUCAUCCUGGAGCCCCUCCUGGUGGACAAGCCCUUCGUGGGAGCCGUGACCGUGUUCUUCCUUCAAAAGCCGCAUCUGCAGAUCAACUGGACAGGCCUGACCAACCUGUUGGAUGCACCGGGAAUCAAUGAGAUAUCGGACAGCCUGCUGGAGGACCUCAUUGCCACCCACCUGGUGCUGCCCAACCGCGUGACCGUGCCUGUGAAGAAGGGGCUGGAUGUGACCAACCUGCUCUUCCCUCUGCCCUGCGGAGUGAUCAGAGUCCACUUGCUGGAGGCGGAGAAGCUGGCUCAGAAGGACAACUUCCUAGGGAUCCGAGGCAAGUCAGACCCCUACGCCAAGGUGAGCAUUGGCCUACAGCAAUUCCGGAGUAAGACCAUCUACAAGAACCUGAACCCCACCUGGAAUGAGGUAUUUGAGUUUGUAGUGUAUGAAGUCCCUGGGCAGGACCUAGAGGUGGACCUGUACGAUGAGGAUCCCGACAGGGAUGACUUCCUGGGCAGCCUGCAGAUCUGCCUCGGGGAUGUCAUGACGAACAGAGUGGUGGAUGAGUGGUUUGUCCUGAACGACACAACCAGUGGGCGGCUGCACCUGCGGCUAGAGUGGCUUUCGCUCAUCGCCAACCCAGAAGCUCUGAUUGAGGACCAAGGUGGCCUUUCAACUGCCAUCCUCAUAGUCUUCUUGGAGAGUGCCUGCAACCUGCCGAGAAAUCCUUUUGACUACCUGAAUGGUGAAUAUCGAGCCAAAAAACUCUCCAGGUUUACCAAGAAUAAAGUCAGCAGAGACCCUUCUUCCUAUGUCAAGCUAUCUGUAGGCAAGAAGACACAGAUGAGCAAGACCUGUCCCCACAGCAAGGAUCCAGUGUGGAGCCAGAUGUUCUCCUUCUUUGUGUACAAUGUGGCAGCUGAGGAGCUGCAUCUGAAGGUACUUGAUGAUACCCAAGAGUGUGCUCUGGGAGUGCUGGAGAUCCCCCUGUGCCAGAUCCUCCCCUACACAGACCUCACCCUCGAGCAGCGCUUCCAGCUGGACCACUCAGGCCUAGACAGCCUCAUCUCCAUGAGACUCGUGCUUCGGUUCCUGCGCGUGGAAGAACGAGAGAUGGGGAGCCCAUACACAGGACCUGAAGCCCUAAAGAAAGGUCCUCUGUUCAUUAAGAAGGUGGACACCAACCAGAACCCCAAAGCCCCAUCCCAGGGAGAGUGCCCUGCAAAUUUGCCAUGCCCCCCAGAUCCUGCUUCUGAUACCAAAGAAGCCUCCAAGAGCACCACGACAACCACCAGUGCCACUAUUGUUGCCACCGAGCCCACACCCCAAGACACAGGCCCAGAGCCCAAAGGCAAGGACAGUGCCAGAGGGUUCUGUGAGCCCAUGGGGAAGAAGAGUUCGGCCACCAUCUUCCUGACUGUCCCAGGCCCCCACUCUCCAGGGCCCAUCAAGUCACCCAGGCCCAUGAAAUGCCCUGCCUCCCCACUCGCAUGGCCGCCCAAGAGGCUAGCUCCCAGCAUGUCCUCACUCAACUCCCUGGCCUCCUCCUGCUUUGAUCUGACAGAGAUCAGCUUCAACAUUGAAGGCGGGGAUCUCAGGCAGUGGAGGCUGGGUGAGAUUCAGCUCACAGUGCGUUAUGUGUGUCUGCGGCGCUGCCUCAGUGUGCUCAUCAAUGGCUGCAGAAACCUGACACCCUGUACCAGCAGUGGAGCUGAUCCCUAUGUCCGCAUCUACUUGUUACCAGAAAGGAGGUGGGCAAGUCGUAAGAAGACCUCAGUAAAACGGAAGACCCUGGAACCCCUGUUUGAUGAGACAUUCGAAUUUUUUGUUCCCAUGGAAGAAGUAAAGAAGAGGUCACUAGAUGUUGCAGUGAAAAACAGUAGGCCACUUGGCUCACAUAGAAGGAAGGAACUAGGAAAAGUAAGUACAAGAGGGACUCUUGGUGAGUUCAUUGGUGGAACCCCUUGCAGAAAUUCUGAUGGGAUCAUCUGGCUGUUACCAGAACUGGCUUCAAGGACGGUAGGUCCUCUUUGGGAGGUUUUGUGUGUGUAUCUUUUUAAUAUUGUUGAAAGUAAAAUAGAUGUGUAAAUUAAUGUGAUGAACACUAUUUUAACAAACUGGAAAAUCUAUCCGAAUUCAUCAUUGCACAAGUAUCUGAACAUCUAUUAAGUACUGUUUUGAUAAAUACAACACUGUGUGAAGCUUGGGUCUUAUUAUGCCAAGAUUUUUGUGGCUAUGGGAUUUUACUUAAAGUGAAAGUAGAGAAAAUAUAAUCUUCAGGAAGAUGCCAAGGAGAGACAAAAAAGAAUGAUAUUUGUAUAAUACUUUGCAGUUGUAUUUCUUUUUAAUUUUUAUUUAUUUAUGAUAGUCACACACAGAGAGAGAGAGGCAGAGACACAGGCAGAGGGAGAAGCAGGCUCCAUGCACCGGGAGCCCAAUGUGGGAUUCAAUCCCGGGUCUCCAGGAUCGCGCCCUGGGCCAAAGGCAGGCGCCAAACCACUGCGCCACCCAGGGAUCCCCUGCAGUUGUAUUUUAAUAAACACCUUCUUAUAAUCAUUUUAAGAGCCUACUUCUAUGAUGUAAGUGACAUUAUUCCCAUUUCUAUAGUUGAGGCAACUGUGGUGUCUUGCUUAAAAUUACUAAUCUGUUCACAAGUAAAGGCAAGUCUAUUUUCUCUUUCAGUAACAUUUUUAAAUUCUGAGGUUUAACUCCAAAGAGCAGUUCACCUUUCCCCAAGUACACUGAGGUCAAUGUCUAUACUGUCCUUCUGGAGAGCUUCCGUGUUGAGAGCUAAAAGAAAAAGAGCCCCUGAUCAAAACUGAAACCUAAGGGGGCCCUUUUUAUGAUUGAUUCCGUUUGUCCCAGUAUGUUUCCAUUUUUUGGAAAGAAACUGAUUUUUUGUGUUUGUUUAGGUACUGAUUGACUUAUCAAAAGAGGAUCUAAUUAAGGGCUUCUCACGAUGGUAAGUGAGCCCUUUCAUUGUAUUCCAUUA